AUUUCUCCAGUGCUGCUACAGAAUGGGACUUUUUGCUUGACCAUGUGGAAGCUCGUGGGUUCUCCAAGUUGUAAAGAGUUAAGAAAAGAGAUGGGGUGUCUGGGGAAUGUUGCAUGGAAGGCUGCAGCCCUCUGCUCUUAGCUUUCUUACCCUGGAGGGGAUCCCGGACUCGGUGAUGCUUCUGGGUCUGAGGUCUUCCCUAGGUUCGGUUUGAUCUGCCGAAGAGCCAGCCUCAGUGCACUGAGAAACAGGGAUGUGCCCUUAUCCGCAUGCUGAGGUUUAUUUUUACCUUGUCCGUGGUGAGUCCCCAGAGACAGGGAGAAAACAUUUUAGGAGGGAGUUCGGAGCCUUUUGCUUAUCCUUGAAGGAAAGCAGCCUCUGAGGAUUAGUGAGGGUGGUGGUGAGGGAAGGUAGGGGGAGGAGAGUCAGAGGAAUCAGAGUUAUUUGGACUGCAUUUUUUCCUUGCCUGAUUAAAUCUUACUGACACUGGCACUUUGUGUCACUAAAAGAACACAGCCCUGGAUGUGGGGCCAGGGACCAGAGGGGUGGCGGCAGAGUCUGGGACUGGCAUGGCCGCUGGGCUGCUUGGCUCUGAGGACCCGCCUUGGAGCUGGAACCUGACUUGCCGGGCGCUGAGGACCUGCCAAGGGGGUAACCUUCGAGUUCUGCAGCUGAUGCUAACACCAUGGUGCAUCUCCAGGGCCGUCUAUCAGAUGACGGAGGGCCGCCGAUGUCAAGUACAUCUUCUUGAUGACAGGAAGCUGGAACUCCUAGUACAGCCCAAGCUGUUGGCCAAGGAGCUUCUUGACCUUGUGGCUUCUCACUUCAAUCUGAAGGAAAAGGAGUACUUUGGAAUAGCAUUCACAGAUGAAACGGGACACUUAAACUGGCUUCAACUAGAUCGAAGAGUAUUGGAACAUGACUUCCCUAAAAAGUCAGGACCUGUGGUUUUAUACUUUUGUGUCAGGUUCUAUAUUGAAAGCAUUUCGUACCUGAAGGAUAAUGCUACCAUUGAGCUUUUCUUUCUGAACGCAAAGUCCUGCAUCUACAAGGAGCUUAUUGACGUUGACAGUGAAGUGGUGUUUGAAUUAGCUUCCUAUAUUUUACAGGAGGCAAAGGGAGAUUUUUCUAGCAACGAAGUUGUGAGGAGUGACUUGAAGAAGCUGCCAGCCCUUCCCACCCAAGCCCUGAAGGAGCACCCUUCCCUGGCCUACUGUGAAGACAGAGUUAUUGAGCACUACAAGAAACUGAACGGUCAGACAAGAGGUCAAGCAAUCGUGAACUACAUGAGCAUCGUGGAGUCUCUCCCAACCUACGGGGUUCACUAUUAUGCAGUGAAGGACAAGCAGGGCAUACCAUGGUGGCUGGGCCUGAGCUACAAAGGGAUCUUCCAGUAUGACUACCACGAUAAAGUGAAGCCAAGAAAGAUAUUCCAAUGGAGACAGUUGGAAAACCUGUACUUCAGAGAAAAGAAGUUUUCCGUGGAAGUUCAUGACCCACGCAGGGCUUCGGUGACAAGGAGGACGUUUGGGCACAGCGGCAUUGCAGUGCACACGUGGUAUGCAUGUCCGGCAUUGAUCAAGUCCAUCUGGGCUAUGGCCAUAAGCCAACAUCAGUUCUAUCUGGACAGGAAGCAGAGUAAGUCCAAAAUCCAUGCGGCACGCAGCCUGAGUGAGAUCGCCAUCGACCUGACCGAGACGGGGACGCUGAAGACCUCGAAGCUGGCCAACAUGGGCAGCAAGGGCAAGAUCAUCAGUGGCAGCAGCGGCAGCCUGCUGUCUUCAGGUUCCCAGGAAUCAGAUAGCUCGCAGUCGGCCAAGAAGGACAUGCUGGCUGCCUUGAAGUCCAGGCAGGAAGCUCUGGAGGAAACCCUGCGUCAGAGGCUGGAGGAACUGAAGAAGCUGUGUCUCCGAGAAGCUGAGCUCACGGGCAAGCUGCCAGUUGAAUAUCCCCUGGAUCCAGGGGAGGAACCACCCAUUGUUCGGAGAAGAAUAGGAACAGCUUUCAAGCUGGAUGAACAGAAAAUCCUGCCCAAAGGAGAGGAAGCUGAGCUGGAACGCCUGGAACGAGAGUUUGCCAUUCAGUCCCAGAUUACAGAGGCUGCCCGCCGCCUAGCCAGUGAUCCCAACGUCAGCAAAAAGCUGAAGAAACAAAGGAAAACCUCGUAUCUGAAUGCACUGAAGAAACUGCAAGAGAUUGAAAAUGCAAUCAAUGAGAACCGCAUCAAGUCUGGAAAGAAACCCACGCAGAGGGCUUCGCUGAUCAUAGACGAUGGAAACAUUGCCAGUGAAGACAGCUCCCUCUCAGAUGCCCUUGUUCUCGAGGAUGAAGACUCUCAGGUUACCAGCACAAUAUCCCCCCUACAUUCUCCUCACAAGGGACUCCCUCCUCGGCCACCAUCGCACAACAGGCCUCCUCCUCCCCAGUCCCUGGAGGGACUCCGACAGAUGCACUGUCACCGCAGCGACUAUGACAGGUCACCCAUCAAGCCCAAAAUGUGGAGUGAGUCCUCUUUAGAUGAACCCUAUGAGAAGGUCAAGAAGCGCUCCUCUCACAGCCAUUCCAGCAGCCACAAGCGCUUCCCCAGCACGGGAAGCUGUGCGGAAGCAGGCGGAGGAAGCAACUCUUUGCAGAACAGCCCCAUCCGCGGCCUCCCGCACUGGAACUCCCAGUCCAGCAUGCCGUCCACGCCAGACCUGCGGGUCCGGAGUCCCCACUAUGUCCAUUCCACGAGGUCGGUGGACAUCAGCCCCACGCGACUGCACAGCCUUGCACUGCACUUUAGGCACCGGAGCUCCAGCCUGGAGUCCCAGGGCAAGCUCCUGGGCUCGGAGAACGACACCGGGAGCCCCGACUUCUACACCCCGCGGACUCGUAGCAGCAAUGGCUCGGACCCCAUGGACGACUGCUCGUCGUGCACCAGCCACUCGAGCUCGGAGCACUACUACCCGGCGCAGAUGAACGCCAACUACUCCACGCUGGCCGAGGACUCGCCGUCCAAGGCGCGCCAGCGGCAGAGGCAGCGACAGCGGGCGGCGGGCGCACUGGGCUCGGCCAGCUCUGGCAGCAUGCCCAACCUGGCGGCACGCGGGGGCGCAGGGGGCGCCGGGGGCGCCGGGGGCGGUGUGUACCUGCACAGCCAGAGCCAGCCCAGCUCGCAGUACCGCAUCAAGGAGUACCCGCUGUACAUCGAGGGCGGCGCCACGCCCGUGGUGGUGCGCAGCCUGGAGAGCGACCAGGAGGGCCACUACAGCGUCAAGGCUCAGUUCAAGACCUCCAACUCCUACACGGCGGGCGGCCUGUUCAAGGAGAGCUGGCGCGGCGGCGGCGACGAGGGCGACACGGGCCGCCUGACGCCGUCGCGAUCGCAGAUCCUGCGGACUCCGUCGCUGGGCCGCGAGGGCGCCCACGACAAGGGCGCGGGCCGCGCUGCCGUCUCAGACGAGCUGCGCCAGUGGUACCAGCGUUCCACCGCCUCGCACAAGGAGCACAGCCGCCUGUCGCACACCAGCUCCACCUCCUCAGACAGCGGCUCGCAGUACAGCACCUCCUCCCAGAGCACCUUCGUGGCGCACAGCAGGGUCACCAGGAUGCCCCAGAUGUGCAAGGCCACGUCAGCUGCCUUACCUCAAAGCCAGAGAAGCUCGACACCGUCAAGUGAAAUUGGAGCCACUCCCCCAAGCAGUCCCCACCACAUCCUAACCUGGCAGACUGGGAGCUACAAUGAUAGCUGUUUCCUGGAUUCCUCCCUCUAUCCAGAACUAGCUGAUGUCCAGUGGUACGGGCAGGAAAAAGCCAAGCCCGGGACCCUCGUGUGAGCCAGCCCGGCCUAAUCUGACCGCCUCAACGCCAUUCUGAGAUCACCUCACUGCCUCUCAUUUGCCUUACCCAGACGCACCGUCACCCUGCACCAGCUUCGGCCCUCAGCACUUUUUUUCUCCUGUCUCCGCAUUCCCUCCCCCUCGAAAACCUGACUGAGGAGACACUCUGGAAGGUUCCGGUCCCACUGUGUGUCCCCUGGCGCUCUUGCCCAUAGAGAGCCAGACACCAAUCCUCAAUGGCACCUUGGUGGCUUCCCUCUGCCAUGACAGCCCCUAGGCCAGGAACCGUCAGGGGGGCCGGCUGGCAUCCAAUUCCUGCGGAUAAGUAGCAUUGGGAGAGAACAGGAAAGGGGACUUGAGUUACAGGGUGACCCAGAAAGACGGUCAGCUGUGUCCAGCCUGCCACCCGUAUGUAGGCCAAUCAAGCACUUCGUGAACAGGAGGCCUCGUGGCAUAUCCAGUUUACACCUGAAAUAUUCCUUGAUGGGACAGCUUGUGGGGAGUGGCUGUGGGGGAAGGGGAGGAUGAGAAAGGAAGCUCUCGACACCAGAGAUGCAUCAGAGGACCACAAUCAGUUCUAUGCUGCCAAAGAUUAAAAAAUAAAAACACAAAAAAUUAAGAGGGGCCAAGAGGAAGACAUUCUUUCUGCAAGGAAAUUUCUUUUAAAUUCUGAACUGCUACUACACACAAGUGUAAGUCAACCCUGUGUAAACUGGUGUCCUCUCUCUAGCCCUCUCCCUUACUGGCCCACGUCUCUCUCCGUAGAGAGCCUGAGAAGCUGCCCCAAUGCCACGGUAAAGACGAGGGAGUCUCGACUGGCAUUGCUGACUCACAGCCGCCAUCCAUCUGGACACAAAGGAAGAGAGACCCGCGGGAGUCAUGGAGGGCACCGUUAGGCCCGGUCCAUGCAGGGGGUUCAGCCAAGCCCAAGACUCAAAAGCUGCUUUCCUUUCAGGAUUUGUAGUAACAUAAGGUGAUAAUGGCCAAAAGUGGUUCUCUCUCAUUAAAACAAACCAGUAAAAGCGUAUCCUAUUUUUUUGCACAAGGUGUUUCAUUUUCUUUUUUAUGGGAAACCAAGGGAAAAGCACAUUGCGAUCCAUUCAGUGUUUAACUGUUGUGGCUCAUUUUCUGUUCGUUAGCACUUGUGUGACAAACGAGCUCAGAUCCGACUUCUCCCAUGUGUCACUUACUCCAAGAACCCAACUAUGCCCUUAGGUAGAAAGAUUUGACUCAUGUGUCUACUAGCCAACAGGCAGAGCAGGGUUGAAAAAAAUACCAGCUCCCAAAGGGCCCAUGUGUCCGUAUCAUCUCUUACUGUCAUGCACAUUUGUGUGCAGAUACCAAAAGAGGAAAAAAGAAAAAAAUUAAUGUGUGGGAGCUGCACGUUUACAUGUGUUUUAAGCUACACUUCAAACACAACUGGAAAGCCAUCAAUCUUCAAAGGCCUCAAAAAUACCUUUAUAAUAACAAGUGCACAACUUUAGUUGGGUUAUUCAAGAUGGCACAAAAAGGUUUCCGCAGAGGUGGUGUUGCUGUGCUUUGGGCGCAAGUGGUUGGGGGGUGGGGGGUGGGGGUUGAAUUUUUUUCUCACUCUAAUCAUUUCCUAUUGGAAAGACAUUGACAGCCAGGGACAGGAGCCAGGGUGGGAGUAGUUUUGUGGGAAAGCAGAACUGAAGUUAGCUUAAGCAUAAAAAGAAAAGAAAAAUCUUCGCUUUUCAUGUAUGUGGAAUCCAAGAAUAACCAUAGGCUGUACCAGACCAGGAGGGUAAGGAUGGAUACUAAAACGAAAUAAAUACCAAGGUAUUCCUUCUGCUGCAGCCUGGAGACCACCGAGAGUCGAGCUGGGGCACACACACCUGGCCGGGACAAGGCGGGCCAUGGCCUCCUCCACCAAGUCUCUGUAGACGAUUCAGGGCCUGCUUUCCCCAGCUCCAUGCAUGGCUAGACUGGUGAUUCCAGCAUGCAGAAGGGAUUAAUAUUCCCAGAACGCUUUAAGUGUACACCUGCAGGACAAAUAGAAACUGGUUACGAUACUAUUAAAUGAUUCUAGGGAUUCAUUGGGGGAUAUUUUUGUUGCUUUUAUUUUCAUGGUUAGAGCUACAAAGAGCAGUGAUUUUUUUUCUCCCUUCCACAUUCAGAAACAUUAUACAUAGGGCCAUUUUUCUUUCUCCCAAAGAAGAUUCAUGAAGAGUCAGACUGAACUGUGUGCAACAGGAAAAGUCAAAAGGGAAAAGGAAGGUGAUGAGGUUACGUGGUUACAGGUUCUACACCAUGCAGAGUAACUUGAAAUCUAGUCUGGAGAAAACCGGAUCAAGAUUCUAGCCCACUUGAGUUGCAAGGAAUGAGAGGCAAAAAUUCUAAAGACUUGGGUUAUGUUUUCAAUUCGGGGGACAGAGAGAAAUGGAAUGGGAACAGGAAUUACAGUUCCAGCAAACAUCAUGAUAGUCUGGUAGUCAAGACAGAGAUUAAGUAAAACAGGUUUUACUGUUUAGCUGAGUUCAGUUAAUACAAAAUGUACAUAAAACGUUAGUCCUUUGAGACUGACAUGAUUAAUGAUCAGUGUGGUGGGAAAUGAUGUAGUUACUGUAUACAAGCACUUGCAAACUCUUUAUCCCUAUUCCUUUAAAACAAAAUAAGGUGAAAUAUGAAGUCCCUGGUCUGAUAUAAAGCCCCUAUUGGAUUCUUCAGAUGCGUAAAAGAAAUUGCCUGUUUCAGUCAGAAGACUGGUGAAAACACAUACAUCAGACUAUGUUGUGAGCCAGGUUGAUUUUUUAUUUUAUUAUAUGCAGGUGAAUGUUGAAACUGUUAAAAUUCCAAUUUGUUUUCAUUCAGUAUUAGUUUAGUUCUAAAUAUAGCAAACCCCAUCCAGGUGCUAUCAGACGACCAGUUACUGCUUAGUUAACUAGGUGUAAAGUUUUACAUAUACAUUAAUGUCAAUAGUUUAUUACAAGUUGUGUAAAAUGGAGUCUAGUUUAAUAAUGGGGGAAAAAAGAUUAGGUUGCUCCUGAAACUGACUGUAGAGCAUGUAAAAUGAUUUUACUGGAUUCUGUUCAACUGUAAUCAAUGAAAAAGAUGUACGUUGUAGACAAAGUUGCAGAAUUAAAAAAGAAAUCUGCUUUUAAUUUAUUCUUUUUGUAUUAAGAAUUUGUAUAGUACCUUUACAUUUUGCAAAACAGUGUUGUCAACACUUAUUAAAGCAUUUUCAAAAUGAAAAGA